UAGAUAGUGUAAAUGCAAGCUGGCUUUUACCACUGAGAUGGGGUGGGAGUACAACCAGAGGCCAUGGGUUAAGGGUGAAAGGUGAAAUGUUAAGGGGAAUAUGAGGGGAAACUUCUUCACACAGACAGUCAUCGGGGUGUGGAAUGAGCAGCCAGCUCAAGUGGUGCAUGCGAGCUCGAUUUCAACAUUUCAGAGGUUCAUGUAGGUACCUGGAUGGUAGGGGUAUGGGAGUGGGCAGUUUAAAUAGUUUAGCACAGACUAGAUGGCCCAAAGGGCCUGUUUCUGUGUUGUAAUUUUCUACAAGAAUGUGAAAUAUUACAAAAAUUCACUCUGUCUUUUUAACAGUUGUGCGGACCAACCACUCACCUCAACAGGAAUUUUUAAUAUGGCAUUAAAACUGUGGCACUUUACGUUAAUAAUACAUAAAAGAAAAUCCUAGAUGCACAUCAAGAAAGACUAAUUGCAUGAGACUGGUUUUGUUACUGUGGGGCCAGGCACCCAUGCAGCUCAGCAGGAACAGGGAAUAAUACCAAUGGAGAGAGUCUAACUCCACCAAGGUACAAAUUGGAGAUGACAGAAAUGCCCCAUUCUUAUAGAAACAGGAAGAGCAUCAAAGAAUUGAUGGUCAUUCCAGAUACCAGCACUCUGCCCAGUCAGGAGAUGAUUUCUCUGUCCAACUUGGGUAGAACCUCACUGAAACAGUGCGAUACCAGGUCAAACCUUGGUAACUGAAGUAAUCUCAUCUGAAAUGUUGUCCUACACCCAUUGAUGGAUUUUGUAAAUCUUUUUACAGGUUAAAAACAAGAAGGAAUUUGUCUCCAGGAAGUUAAAACACGGCACACCAGUUUUGUUGUCUCUGUCUAUAUUUAAGGAGCAAGGGAUUCAAUCGACCAUCCUUCCUGCUCAACUGUGGGGAGGGAUUUAUUCGGUCAUUUGACCAACUGGCAACCCGUCAUUUUACACAGGAGAAAGGCUGUUCACCCGUUCAGACAGUGGGAAUGGAUUCAGUCGGUUAUCACAAUUGAAGGUACAUCAGUAAUUUCACACUGGGCAAGGCCAUUCACCUGUUCUGUGUGUGAGAAGGCGUUCAGUCGGUCUUCCCACCUGUGGACACACCAGUCAGUUCACACUGGGCAGAGGCUGGUCAUCUGCUGAACAUCUGGGAAAGGAUUCACUCUGUCAUCUGACCUAAUGGCUCACCAGCGUGUUCACAUUGGGGAGAAGCCAUUCACCUGCCCAGUCUGUGGGAAGGGAUUCACUCAGCCAUCCACCCUACAGAGUCACCAGCGAGUUCACACUGGAGAGAGGCCUUUCACCUGCGCAGAAUGUGGGAAGGGAUUCACUAAGUCAUCCACCUUACUGGUACAUCAGCGAGUUCACACUGGGGAGAAGCCAUUCAGCUGCUCAGUCUGUGGGAAGAGAUUCACUCAGUCAUCCCACCUACAGAGUCAUCAGCGAGUUUACACUGGGGAGGGGCCGUUCACCUGCUCAGAAUGUGGGAAGAGAUUCACUUAUUCAUCCACCCUACAGAGUCAUCAGCGAGUUCACACUGGGGAGAAGCCGUUCACCUGCUCAGUCUGUGGGAAGGGAUUCACUCAGUCAACCCACUUACAGAGACACCAGCGAGUUCACACUGGGGAGAAGCCGUUUACCUGCUCAGAAUGUGGGAAAAGAUUCACUGAUUCAUCCGCACUACAGAAGCAUCAGCGAUUUCACACUGGGGAGAAACCGUUCACCUGCUCAGAAUGUGGGAAGAGAUUCACUGAUUCAUCCACCCUGCGGAAGCAUCAGCGAGUUCACACUGGGGAGAAGCCGUUUACCUGCUUAAAAUGUGGGAAGAGAUUCACUCAGUUAUUCAAUCUACAGAGACAUCAUCGAGUUCACACUGGGGAGAAGCCUUUCACAUGCUCAGUCUGUGGGAAGAGAUUCACUGAUCUAUCCACCCUACUGAGGCAUCAGCGAGUUCACACUGGAGAGAGGCCGUUCACCUGCUCAGAGUGUGGGAAGGGAUUCACUCGGUCAUCCCACCUACUGGCACACCAGCAAGUUCACAUUGGGGAGAAGCCAUUCACCUGCUCAGUCUGUGGGAAGGGAUUCACUCAGUCAUCCAAUCUACAGAGACAUCAUCGAGUUCAUACUGGGGAGAAGCCGUUCAUCUGCACAGUCUGUGGGAAGCGAUUCACUGAUACAUCCACCCUACUGAGUCAUCAGCGAGUUCACACUGGGGAGAAGCCGUUCAUCUGCUCAGAAUGUGGGAAGAGAUUCACUGAUUCAUCCACCCUACGGAAUCAUCAGCGAGUUCACACUGGGGAGAAGCCAUUCACCUGCUCAGUCUGUGGGAAGGGAUUCACUCAGUCAUCCCACCUACAGAGACACCAGCGAGUUCACACUGGGGAGAAGCCGUUCACCUGCUCAGAAUGUGGGAAGAGAUUCACUGAUUCAUCCGCCCUACUUUGUCAUCAGCGAGUUCACACUGGGGAGAAGCCGUUCACCUGCUCAGAAUGUGGGAAGAGAUUCACUGAUACAUCCACCCUACGGAAGCAUCAGCGAAUUCACACUGGGGAGAAGCCGUUUAACUGUUCAGAAUGUGGGAAGAGAUUCACUCAGUUAUCCAAUCUACAGAGACAUCAUCGAGUUCACACUGGGGAGAAGCCGUUCACGUGCUCAGUCUGUGGGAAGAGAUUCACUGAUCUAUCCACCCUACUGAGUUAUCAGCGAGUUCACACUGGAGAGAGGCCGUUCACCUGCUCAGAGUGUGGGAAGGGAUUCACUCAGUCAUCCCAACUACUGGAACACGUCAAUUCAUAUUGGGGAGUGGCCGUUGUUAUGAAUCCCUAGGUUUCGUUUGCUGUGGACUGUCAUUUUAAGAGAGAGAAAUUAAGAAGUCUGACUUGCAGCUUGUUUACAUCGCUCGCAGCUUGUUUCGUUUUAACCGAGGACACAGACACUCAGAGUCAGACGGAGACGGAUGAAAAAUGAAAGGAUUGAAACCAGGGAAAUAGUGGCCAAAGGUCACUGUUUAGAACAUUCCUAGGCCCACAAGGGUGGGUUAAUUAUCCAUUCGCCGUACAUCGAAUGUGUGGUUGUCACCUCAUUUAACCCAUAGGAGUGGAUCUGAUUUGGGAUAUCCUGUUUAGACCACUUAUGUGUUAACCCUUGCCUGUGUGUGAUGUGGUCAUUCAUUUGAAGAUGAUACCCCUCAUGACAAGUCACAUUCGGUGAUAAUUCGUAUGUAGAUUUGUAAAGAUGAUGGAUAAAAUCUACAGCAACUGUUCUCUCAUUUUAACACUGUGGAACCUGCAGAACAGACAGACAGACAGACGUACUUUAUUGAUCCUGAGGAAAAUUGGGUUUCGUUACAGCCGCACCAUCCAAGAUAGUGUAGAAAUAUAGCAAUAUGAAACCAUCAAUAAUUAAAUAAUAAUGUUAAUCUUUGCAAGUGGAAAUAAGUCCAGCACCAGCAUAUUGGCUCAGGGUGUCUGACACUCCGAGGGAAGAUUUGAAAAGUUUGAUGGCCACAGGCAGGAAUGCCUUCCUGUGAUGCUCAGUGUUACAUCUCGGUGGAAUGAGUCUCUGGCUGAAUGUAUUCCUGUGCCUAACCAGUACUUUAUGGAGCGGAUGGGAGUCAUUGUCUAAGAUGGCAUGCAACUUGGACAGCAUUCUCUUUUCUGACAUCACUGUCAGAGUGUCCAGUUCCACCCUCACAACAUCACUGCCCUUACGAAUGAGUUUGUUGAUUCUGUUGGUGUCUGCUACCCUCAACCUUCUUUCCCAGCACACAACAGCAAACAUGAUAGCACUGGUCACCACAGCCUCGUAGAACAUCCUCACCAUCGUCCGGCAGAUGUCAAAGGACCUCAGUCUCCUCAGGAAAUAGAGAUGGCUCUGACCCUUCUUGUUAACAGCCUGAGUGUUCUCUGAGCAGUCCAGUUUAUUGUCAAUUCGUAUCCGCAGAUAUUUUUAAUCCUCCACCAU